CUGUGGCUGAGCUCAGAUGUUCCUUCUGGCAGUGCUUUCCUGCCAGCAGUGGUCUCUAUGGGUGUCCAUGCCAUGGGAGCAGAACAGCCCUGCACAGGGCUUCCGGCUCUGGCCACCAGAAUGGAAUCUGAAAGAGAUGGCCCUGUAGCCAAUGCUUCCUCUUUUACUGUUUCCUUUCCACCCCCAACUCAGCAAAAUUUGGGGAUACUGAUGUAAUUUCCUUAGUAUGAUGCACUCAUCUUUAUUCCUUGAAACCUUGUGCCCGCCCAGCAGCUGGGGGAUAAAAGUGGCAGCACAGCAGAGGCUGAGCAUUGUGCAGAGCAGAGACCUGCAACCACCCAACUCCAGCCCUGCUCACCGUGCCAACGUCCUGCAGACCAUGAAGGGCCCCGCAGCCGUCCUGGCCGCUCUGCUCCUCCUGGCCCUCUGCUCCUCAGCUGUGGCCCAUCUGGAUGGCUUACCCACAACCUGCUGCUUCUCCUACGUUCCACGUCCCAUCCCACGCAACGUCAUUGCUUCUGCCUUCCCCACCAGCAGCAAAUGCCGCCUGCCGGCAGUGAUCCUGGUCACCAAGAAGGGGAAGGAGGUAUGUGCAAACCCUGAGGAGUCCUGGGUGCAGAAACGCCUGGAACUCUUCCAGCGCCAAGAAAACUGACCUUCCAUGCUGUGCCCCUGAGCUUGGCCCACAGGAACACUCACGCACCAGAGCACUUGAACAGGAUUGUCUUCAAUACGGAAUUUAUUCUAUUUAACUUAUUUAAGUUAAAUUAAAUAUUUUUUUCUAAGAAAAUGAAAAAUACAAAAAUAAUUUAAAAGAUAUCACGACAUAAUAAUCCAUUAUGGUCAUAGUUUUUCCGAUGCCUAAAUAAAGUUUUUGGACUAUCAAACCCCUUUGUCUGUCUCCUAUAUGGACUUUCAAAGCCCUUUGUCACAGUUCCCGUCGGGAUCCCAUGGUGCUUCCACCUGCCAGGGUGGGCUCAG